GGGGGAGCAGAGGCAGCGGCGCCCGGGCCGCAUGGGGAGUCCCCCGUGCCGUCGGCAGCCUUGGCGUGAACAUGGUGCUGGACCCAGAGCUCGUUGGCGUGGGCCGACGGCGCGAGAGGGAGCUCGUGCAGGAGUUCGGGGUGCACGGCGGGGCGCUGCGAAGCGAGGCCCGAGGCGACCGGCUCGCGGAUACGGUGCACGUGGACAAGGUCAUCGCGCACAACGACCGCGCUGGGAGGGACGUGCCCAGCAGGUUGCCCAGCCCUGGCAGCAAGCACGCGGGCAAGAAUCAGAAGGGCGCCGCGGACCUCCUCAGCGUCACGGAGUGGGGUAAGUACCGAAGUCUCGGAGACCGCUGGCGCAUGGCCUAGCAGCGGGCCGCCCCGAGAUCCAGUGCACGAUGGGAGUGUUGGUGAGGACGCUGGAGGAGCCCACGGUGCUGCAGAAACUUCAGCUGGAGCGCUUGGGCAGCUACCUCAAGACGUGCAAGGAGCUGCAGCGGGACUUUGUGUAUCAGGAGGCGCCAAUGGUCAUCCACGUCGAGGUGGACACGGACCCGUCGGUCUGCCGGUGGAGGCCUCGUGCUCUUGGGCAGGCACCUGCUGGACAGCUGCUGCGGCCAGCACCAGGACAUCGCCUUCUCGUCGGUCGAGGCCAGGCCCCGCGAGUUGGCGAAUGGUGCUGCUGCGCACGGGCUCUUGCUCAAGCACAUGGUGGACGAGAUGGGCGAACAGGACCUCAUCAUGAAGGUCGGCUUCGACUCGGCCGCGGCCCUGGGCAGCGCGCAUCGCCUGGGCGCUGGCCAAGUGAGACACUCGUUGCGCCUCGCUCUCGCGAGAACGCUCGCGGUGGGGGGGCCAAUUGGGGCAUUCAGGCCCCGCUGCAGUCACGGCGGGUCGUCUUGGGAUCGCGCCCCACCCUCAGCCCUUCCCUCCUCUGCCCUCCUCCUUCCUCCUCCCUGCCCUCUCUCUCGUUUUCCGCUCCGUAUCCGAUCAGUUUGGGACGCGCUCGCGCUGGCAGUCGCAUGUCUGGCGGAGGCAAUGGAACCAAAAAAAGGC